AUGGAUCCCAGCUGGCCCUCGCGUCAGCCUCGUAGUUCCACGUCAUACCCGUUCUUCGAUCUCUUGCCACCGUUAACUGCUUCUCAACCGUCCUCCGCGCGCUCCACGUCAUCGACGUCUGCGUCCACGUCAUCCGUGCUCGACGACCUUUACCGCUUCGGCUCGGGAACCAAGGCCUCGGCGACGACGCCCGGCAGUGGUAGCAACAGCAGCAGCCUCGGCAGCGGCGGCGGCGGCGGCGGCGGCGGUGGCGGGGGCAGCGCGGGGAAUUUGUCGGGGGAAGGGAGAUCCGCACAGGGAGGUGCGGGCGGCGGGAUGUACGCGGUGGGCGGAGAUGCGCGCGCGCAGGUAUCGCUGGACGGGCUCUUCCCCGCAACCGUGUCCAUGCACCACGAGGGGGACCUGAGCGCGGACCGCGGGCAGCACCAGCAGCAGCCCCUCUACAUGCCCUCCUCGUCCGCCGCGCGCGCUGCAACGUCCUUGGCUCCCGCAACCUUCUCGUCCUCGUUGCCCGCUGCAGCCUCCUUGUCCCCCUCUACCUCCUCCUCCUCCUCCACCACCCCCUCGAAUCCCCCCUCGUCGUGGUCCGCGUCAGGGGGGGCAGCCAUGCGCGCAGCAGCGGGGGGCGGGGAUGGGGGAGGCGUAGGGGGAGGUGGGGGAGGGAGAGGCGGAGGGGGAGGCUUCGGAGGUAGUUACGUUGGGGGGGGUGGGGGGCAAGCAGCAGGCUCAGGCGCAGGGGCCAGUGGUGGUGGCGGCAGCGGCAGUGGUGGCAGCAGUGGGGGCGGAAGCUUAUCCAUGGGCAGGGGGGAGGGCAUGCGCGCAUCAGCAGCAGCGCGCGCCCCUGCAACCGCCGCGGACCUGAGCCACGUCACCUCCGCCGUUCUGGGCGGCGUGGAGCGUCUGUUGCAGCGGUUCGCGGGCGGCGUGGGCGCGGCCGUGGGGGAGGUGGGGGCGCGCGUGGGCGCAGUGGAGGGUGCAGUGGGGGCGCUGCAGCGCGAGGGGGAGAGGGGGUGGCGGGAGAUGGGGGAGAGGCAGGCGGAGUUGGAGGGGCGGAUGCGAUCAAUGGAACAGCUGCUGCUGGAGGUGCAGAGGGGCAUUCAGGUGCUGCGGGACCGACACGAGCUAGCCGACGCCCAGGCAGAGCUCUCUCGCCUGCACACCCUCUCCCUCGCCUCCGCACCUCCCAGCACCGCUGCUGGUUCCAUUGGAACCGCUGCUAACUCCAGUGAUACCACCGGUGGUGGUACUGCUGCUGCCAGCACCAUUCUCGCGCUGCCCGCUCCUCCUGCCCCUGCUGCUGCUAUCCAGCCCACCCAGCCGCCCCCUCCUCCCCCACACGCCUCUCCUGCUCCUCAUCCUCCCCUCGCUUCGUUGCCUCUUCCUCACUACCUUGCUUCCGCCCCAUCUCCGCCCUACUCUUCCCCCGCUUCCUCCCCUCCUCCUCCCUACCCUGAGCCUGCGUCUGCUCCUCCUGCCCCUGCUCCGCCUGCCACGCCCCCCCCACCUCCUGUUAAUGCUCCAAUCGCACCUGCUGCCCCUGCUCCUGUGGCCUACCCUUUCCUUGCACCCGCUGGCGCGGGCAUGUAUGCACCUCCCGCACCUCAUACCAUGAUGUACUAUCCCCAUGCGCCGCCUCCCCCAUAUGCCAUGCCUCCCCCUCCUCCCCCUCCCCCCGGGCAACCCAUGCCAAUGCCCAUGCACUCCAUAACCCAGCAGCACCAGCACCAGCAGUUUCACCAGCAGCAGUACGAGCAGCAGCAGCAGCAGCAGCAGCAGCAGCAGUACCCGCCUCUGCCUCCUCAACCACCUUACCCCCAGUCCCCGUAUCCUUACCCUCCCCCUCCCCCUGGCGGGCCCCCCGCUCCCCCAAUGCCGCCCCAGCCCUAUUUCACUCCCCCUCACCCUCCCCUGACUCCCAGCCACCCACCCUCCCCUUCCCCAGGCGCCUCCCCCGCCCCAGCUGCGCCCCUUCCCCUUGCCCACCCUGUUGCAGCGCCCACGGGGAGUGGGGCCAGGGGGGCGGGCGGGGGAGCGGGGGCAGCAGCAGCAAGGGGGGGAGUGAGGGGGGGAGGCGGCAGUAGGAGAGUCACGUUUGCAGAGCCUGUGAGUGAUUCAGGGAUGGCAGGAGCAGGGGCAGGGGGGAGGGCAGGAGGAGACGGUACCAGAGGGGUGGGAGGGUCUGGGUCUGGGUCUGGUUCUGGUGCUAAUGUGAGUACAAGGAGUGUGCCUAUAGAGAAGGUGGUGGAUGACGUGGCAAGCAUGGGGUUUGCGAGGAAGCGCGUGCGGGCGGCGGUGCAGCAGGUGAUGGAUUCGGGUAGGGGCGUGGAUCUGAAUGCCGUGAUUGAUAGGCUCAUGAACGGGUGA